AUGACUUUAAUUUGUACCCAAUCUCAUGUCAUUCAUCCAUUAGACCGUGCUUGUACAGAAAACUUUAAUAUCCCCCCACGGUCGUCUUCUGCUUCACCAGAAAAAAAGACUUCUGAGGUUAUCUCUCGAUUCUGUACGACCACUCCGCCGUCUUCAUCUACCUAUAAUGACAAGAUGUGCGAUCUACCAAGUAUAGUUGCUCCUUGUCCAAAGAAAGCUUUGUAUGCAUACGCAGGUCACUUGUCCAAUAAUAGUUUUGCUCCGCAUUCUGAAAACCCUUGGGGCCUAUCUGCUGUUCAGGAAGACAUGGAAGAAGAUCAUUUAAUUUUUGAUAAUUCUGUUGACCUUCUUGAAGCCAUGUCUGAUGAUGCCCUUGCUUGUGCUGAACUUUUAGAAAUAAUGGGUAAUUCAAGUGGCAGCUCUAGCAGCCCUGUUUCUCAAUCUUCUUCUCCGGACAAUGUUCAUCAUGUUAACUCUACGUCUCUUAUUGUAAAAGCUGAUCAAGACGACAAAGACCUUGCUAAUAAAAAUGAUCAUGACCUCACUCCUUAUUCUGGUGCGAUUGAGAUUGGUCAAACAAAGCAGAGACCUGAAUCUCGUCCAAUGCGAUUGCCUGUUGAUAACUUUCAUUUGAUUUUUGGCUCUUCUCCAAUUACUCGUGCUCAUAAUCCGUUACCCAUGGACUCUCAUUUCUCUCCAAGUAAACGUCAUCAUCAUCAUCAAGCUCAACCAUAUCCUUCCCGUCCUGCUCUUCAUCAAGCCGCUAAUAUUCAAAAAAGAUUGUGUGACACUGUUUCUAAUGUCCAAGUCGGUGGUGGUUCCCUUGAUGAUUCCGUUCAACCUCCUCUUUCAAAAGCUUCUAAAGCUGCCAUUUUAUUGCGUAUAUCUGAAGGUGGUAGACGUAGAUCCUUAUCUGUUGGAAGCGCUGGGUUAAAACCUGGUAGCAAAUUUAGUCGUGUGUAA